CCAAAAUGAAGGCCCAAACAAUUGCGAAGGUGGUGAGUGCGGUGGUGCUGGUAGCUCUGGUGGGUCAUGUGGCCGGUAACACAAUUAUCAGCUGCCACAGCUGCGAAGGAGCCAAUUGCCAAAGAGUUCAGUUGAACAAAACAACGUCCUGCGUGGAUUCUUUGGACUAUUGCGUCACCAUUUAUGAUGAAGCCAAGGUCUUGUUCAAGGGUUGCUCUCUGGAAAUUCCCUAUGAGUUGCGUUCAAAAUGCGAGGACAAUCGAUCUUGCUACAAAUGCAACACUAAAGAGUGCAACAAUGUAGGAUCCGCCAAAUAUUCGUGCAUUCAGUGCGAUUCCAGCAAGGACUCCAACUGUGCUUCGAACGCCGCUACUUUGGAAGCCUCCCGCUGUACUGCACCCACUGCUCCAAACUCCUACUGCUAUGUGAAAUCCUCGGGUGGAUCUAUCGUCAGGGGAUGCUCCACCACCGAAACCGAUCAGCAGACCUGUCUGAAUGACGCGAAUUGCCUUUUGUGCUCCCCCGGCGAUAUCAGGAACUGUAAUGCCGCCGACAUUGCCGAAAGCUCGAGUAUUGGAAAUCGAUUCAUUCGUUUCUUAAGAUAACUCUUUUGAUGUAUCUAAAAAACCAAAUAAAUUUGUAAAUCAACUAAUUAAUAAACAAACAGAAUAAUUUAUUCUAAACUGCUACAGAAA